AUGCAUGCAGAAUUGCACGUGAGCAUGGCCUCGGAGUUGAAGAAGUGUUUGGCUUCUCGCUUUCGGUCGUUGCACCAAGUGAAGCAAUGCCACUGUCGCCUCCUCCGUCUUGGUCUCCACCACGAGACCUUCCUCGUCAACACCCUCUUGUGCUUUUCCCUCAACCUCCGCACCACGCAAUACGCCACAGUCGUUUUCUCCCAAACCCCCCACCCCAACAUCUUCCUCUACAACACCCUCAUUCGCGGCCUCGUCUCCAACGAAGACUUUCACGACACCGUUUCCCUCUACGCUUCCAUGCGCCAGCGCAGCACCUUCGCUCCUGAGAACUUCACAUUCCCCUUCGUCCUCAAAGCCUGCGCCAGGCUUAAAAACACCCACCUAGGCCUCACCCUUCACUCUCUCGUUAUCAAAAUCGGCUUCGAAAGUGAUGUGUUUGUUAACACCGGUCUCAUUUGUUUCUGUUCCAAAAACGGGUUUCUAAGUCACGCGCGUCAGGUGUUUGAUGAAAUUCUUGACAAGAAUGUUGUGUCUUGGACUGCCAUCAUUUGUGGGUAUGUUGAGUUUGGUUAUUGUGAGGAGGUUGUUGGGUUGUUUAGAGGGUUGCUGGAGAUGGGUUUGAGGCCGGAUAAUUUCACGUUGGUUCGGGUUUUGUAUGCGUGUUCGAAGGUGGGGGACUUGGCUAGUGGACGGUGGAUUGAUGGAUACAUGAGGGAGAGUGAGUUGUGUGGGAAUCUGUUUGUGGCGACCUCGUUGGUUGAUAUGUACACGAAGUGCGGAAGCAUGGAGGAGGCACGAAGAGUGUUUGAUAGGAUGGAGGAGAGGGAUGUUGUGUGUUGGAGUGCCUUGAUUCAGGGGUAUGCUGCCAAUGGGAUGCCGAAGGAGGCACUUGAGGUGUUUUUUGAGAUGCAGAGGGAGAAUGUUAAGCCAGAUUGUUAUGCCAUGGUGGGGUUUCUUUCUGCAUGUGCGAGGCUGGGGGCGUUGGAGUUAGGGAAUUGGGCUAGAGAUUUGGUGGAUGGUGAUGAGUUUUUGUGUAAUCCUGUGUUGGGUAUUGCAUUGAUUGACUUUUAUGCGAAAUGUGGAAGUGUGGCGCAGGCGGUGGAGGUUUUUAAGAGGAUGAGGAGGAAGGAUUGUGUGGUGUUCAACGCUGUUAUUUCUGGGCUGGCUAUGUGUGGACAUGUUGGGGCUGCCUUUGGGGUGUUUAGUCAAAUGGGAAAGGUUGGAAUGCAGCCGGAUGGGAACACUUUUGUUGGUUUGCUUUGUGGGUGUACUCAUGCUGGUUUGGUUGAUGAUGGUCGGCGUUAUUUUAGUCGCAUGAGUUGUGUUUCUGCUGUAACUCCUACUAUAGAGCAUUAUGGAUGCAUGGUGGAUCUUUUGGCUCAUGCAGGUUUGUUGGUUGAAGCGCGAGAUUUAAUCAAGAGUAUGCCGAUGAAGGCCAAUGCUAUUGUUUGGGGAGCAUUGUUGGGAGGAUGUAGGUUACAUAAGGAUACCCAAUUGGCUGAACAUGUGUUGAAGCAGCUCAUUGAUUUAGAACCGUGGAAUUCAGGACAUUAUGUUCUCUUAUCGAAUAUAUAUUCAGCAAGUCGUCGAUGGGAUGAAGCAGAAAAAAUCAGGUCAAGUUUGAGUCAGAAAGGGAUGCAGAAGUUACCCGGGUGUAGUUGGGUUGAAGUGGAUGGGGUUGUUCAUGAAUUCCGUGUAGGGGACACUUCCCAUCCUCUAACGCUCCAGAUAUAUGAAAAACUUGAAAGUUUAUUUAAGGACUUGAGAGAAGCUGGAUAUAAUCCGACGACGGAGUUUGUGCUCUUUGAUGUAGAAGAGGAGGAGAAGGAGUACUUCCUUGGCUGUCAUAGUGAGAAGUUAGCUGUUGCAUUUGCACUGAUCAGCACCAGUGCCAAAUAUGUGAUUCGUGUUGUUAAAAAUCUUCGUGUAUGUGGUGAUUGUCAUGAGGCGAUGAAACUUAAGUUUUGGAUGGGGAUAAGUGAACUCUAUGCGUGCCUGCCUCAGAAUAUGGUGGAGAUCCAAGAUAGUUUUGCUGUCUUUCAGAUAGGAGAAAUGACUAGUUUGUCAAAUGCACCUGCAUAG